AUGGCCGCGGAGCUGGCGAUGGGCGCAGAGCUGCCCAGCAGCCCACUGGCCAUCGAGUACGUCAACGACUUCGACCUGAUGAAGUUCGAGGUGAAGAAGGAGCCGCCCGAGGCCGAGCGCUUCUGCCACCGCCUGCCGCCCGGCUCGCUGUCCUCGACGCCCCUCAGCACGCCCUGCUCUUCGGUGCCCUCUUCGCCCAGCUUCUGCGCACCCAGCCCGGGCACCGGCGGCGGCGCGGGCGGCGGGGGCGGCGCGGCUCAGGCCGGGGGCGCCCCGGGGCCGCCGAGUGGAGGCCCCGGCGCUGUCGGGGGCGCCUCAGGAAAAGCGGUGCUGGAGGAUCUGUACUGGAUGAGCGGGUACCAGCACCACCUGAACCCCGAGGCGCUCAACCUGACGCCCGAGGACGCCGUGGAGGCUCUCAUCGGCAGCGGCCACCACGGCGCGCACCACGGCGCGCACCACCCGGCGGCCGCUGCGGCCUAUGAGGCCUUCCGGGGCCAGGGCUUCUCGGGCGGCGGUGGCGCGGACGACAUGGGUGCCGGCCACCACCACGGCGCUCACCACGCUGCUCACCACCACCACUCUGCCCACCACCACCAUCACCACCACCACCACCACGGCGGCGCGGGCCACCACGGCGGAGGCACGGGUCACGGCGGAGGCGGCGCGGGCCACCACGUGCGCCUGGAGGAGCGCUUCUCCGACGACCAGCUGGUGUCCAUGUCGGUGCGGGAGCUGAACCGGCAGCUCCGCGGCUUCAGCAAGGAGGAGGUCAUCCGACUGAAACAGAAGCGGCGCACGCUCAAGAACCGCGGCUACGCGCAGUCGUGCCGCUUCAAGCGGGUGCAGCAGCGGCACAUUCUGGAGAGCGAGAAGUGCCAGCUCCAGAGCCAGGUGGAGCAGCUGAAGCUGGAGGUGGGGCGUCUGGCCAAGGAGCGGGACCUGUACAAGGAGAAAUACGAGAAGUUGGCGGGCCGGGGCGGCCCCGGGGGCGCGGGCGGGGCCGGCUUCCCUCGGGAGCCCUCGCCGGCGCAGGCUGGCCCCGGUGCAGCCAAAGGCGCACCCGACUUCUUCCUGUGA